AUGGAAGAAGACUUGAUCUUGAUCAACUAUAUUGCCAAUCACGGUGAAGGUGUUUGGAACUCUCUAGCCAAAGCUUCUGGUCUUAAACGAACGGGAAAAAGUUGUCGACUUCGUUGGCUAAAUUACCUUCGUCCUGAUGUUAGAAGAGGGAAUAUCACAACUGAAGAACAGCUUUUGAUCUUUGAACUUCAUGCAAAGUGGGGUAAUAGGCAAAUGCAUCAUUCCGAAGGGGAGAUUCAGAAACUUAUAACCAAACUCUUUUAUACGCGAGACUCAAAAUUCAACACGUUUAUUCUCGACCAAGGAACAUGGUCUCAAACAGACACGUGGUCCAAAAUUGCAAAGCAUCUUCCAGGAAGAACUGACAAUGAGAUCAAGAACUUUUGGAGAACCAGGAUCCAGAAGCACAUGAAGCAAGCUGAGAAUUCACAGCAGCAUGGUACGUUUAUACUAGUCAAGUUUGGUGUUACCAUUCAUGUGAUGUGA